AAAAAAUUGAAGCAACAGAAAAUCUAUGCGACAGAAGAUCAGCAACAUUAAAUGAUUUGACAUCUCAUCUAAUAACUACUGACACUGACUUGCAUUUUACAUUAUUUGUGAACAGUGAAUAUUAAUAUUGUGGUUUAAGGAAAUAAAAGAAAGGCUUUAAAGUGUAACAUCUCAAAAAACUGAAAAAAUGUCGGUACUGUGUCCAGAACAACCUUCGGCUGGAUUUUCUUUUGAAAAUUGCAAAAGGAAUGCAUUACUGCAAAGUAAGGGUUUUGCAGUACCAAAGGCUACUAAAACUGGAACAACUAUUGUAGGAAUUAUAUACAAAGAUGGGGUUAUACUUGGAGCUGAUACAAGAGCCACUGAAGAUACAACUGUGGCCGACAAAAACUGUGAGAAGAUACACUAUCUUGCACCAAAUAUGUAUUGCUGUGGUGCAGGGACCGCUGCCGAUACAGAAAUGACAACCCAAAUGAUUUCGUCUCAGCUAGAACUCCAUAGACUGUACACGAAUCGUGUUGCAAGAGUAGCAACAGCAAAUCAAAUGCUCAAGCAAUAUCUUUUCCGCUAUCAAGGCUACAUAGGAGCUGCUCUCAUCUUAGGUGGUGUUGAUGUAGAUGGUCCUCACUUAUAUCAGAUUUAUCCUCAUGGAUCAUCCGACAACUUACCGUUUAUAACGAUGGGUUCUGGGUCCUUAGCUGCAAUGUCGGUUUUUGAAUCGGGCUGGAAGCCAAAUUUGGAUGAACAAGCUGGGAUUCAGUUAGUUAGAAAUGCCAUUGCAGCUGGCGUUUUUAAUGACUUGGGUUCAGGAUCUAACAUUGAUGUGUGCAUCAUUCGCAAAGGGUCCACCGAUUAUAAAAGAACUUAUGAUGAAGCUAAUAAGAAGGGUGUUCGCCAAACAUCUUACCGCUAUCCUAGAGGAACGACGAGAGUUUUAUCUACUAAAAUUGUAGACGUUGAAGAGGUAUCUGUUCAGAGAAUUGAACCCGAAAGGAUGGAUACUGCAUAAUAAUCUAAUUUUGGUUUAUGGAUGAUAUAAAUAAAUUAACAAUUUUCAAUGUAAUUUCUUUAUAAAAUAUAUAAUUCUUUCCAGA